GUAAUACGUCACGCGUAAACGCGAUGACGUUUUUACCAAAAGGACGAUUUGAAAGUGGCGGGCUCAGCUGGAUGGUGGACGGAGAACAGGAGUAUUUCCCGUGUAUUUGAAUAAGAGAAAUCGCAUGAUAGGGAGUCGUUAACGUGAAAGUAAUCUUAAGACAUACUGGUGUUACGAUCCGCGACUUUUUGAGUUUUUCCGCAGGAACGGUGAAGCUUGACUUUUUGCUGAUCUUUCUUUUCGGGGGGGCCGAGCGAACUUUCCAACCGUGAAGCAUGACACGGGAGGAUGAGAAGGUAAUCCCCGUGCGGGUCGGCCUGCGGUGUCGCCCCCUGGUCCCCAAGGAGCUCAGCGAAGGCUGCCAGUGCUGCCUGACUUUCGUGCCGGGGGAGCCUCAGGUGAUUGUCGGCAAUGACAAGGCUUUCACGUAUGACUACGUGUUUGACCCGAUGACUGAGCAAGAGGAGGUCUUCAACACUGCCGUUUCUCCGCUGAUGUCUGGGCUCUUCAAAGGUUACAACGCCACAGUGCUGGCAUACGGUCAGACAGGUUCUGGCAAGACCUUUUCCAUGGGUGGCACCUACACGUCUGCCCAGGAGAACGAGCCAACAGUUGGCGUCAUUCCUAGAGUGAUCAAGAGAAUCUUCCACGAGAAGGGCAAGACGGCCGACGGCGAUUUUACCCUCUCCGUGUCCUACCUCGAGAUCUACAACGAGGAGAUCCUGGACCUGCUCUGUUCAUCUAAGGACAAACCAGCCAUCAGCAUCCGUGAAGAUCCCAAGGAAGGCAUAAAGAUCGUGGGCCUGACGGAGAAGGAGGUGUUCAGCCAGCAUGAGAUGGUGAGCUGCCUGGAGCUCGGUAAUGCUGCCCGGACGGUGGGCUCCACCGCCAUGAACGCCGCUUCCUCCCGCUCUCACGCCAUCUUCACCAUCACGCUGGAGCAACGCCAGGGAGGAGACAAAAGCGAGGCAGUGGUGUCCAAGCUGCACCUGGUGGACCUGGCUGGCUCAGAGAGGCAGAAGAAGACCAAGGCGGAGGGGGACCGGCUGAAGGAGGGCAUCAGCAUCAACCGUGGCCUGCUGUCCCUGGGUAACGUGAUCAGCGCCCUGGGAGACGAGAGUAAGAAGGGCAGCUUCGUGCCGUACAGGGACUCCAAGCUGACCCGGCUGUUGCAGGAUUCUCUGGGAGGCAACAGUCACACGCUGAUGAUCGCCUGCAUCAGCCCCGCGGACUCCAACAUCGAGGAGACCAUCAACACGCUUCGCUAUGCAGACCGCGCCCGCAAGAUCAAGAACAAGCCCGUGGUCAAUGUGGACCCGCGCGCGGCUGAAAUGAAGCAGUUGCGGCAGCAGGUGCAGGAGCUGCAGGUGAUGCUUCUGCAUGCGCGAGGGGGCGUGGCCCAGGUGCUGUCUGGGGCGGAGCCGGCGGGGAAUGUUUCGGACAUCCUGGAGAAGUACCGCAGCCUCCAGGAGGAGAACGGCAAGCUGAGCCGUGAGCUGAGCGAAUCCGUGAGCCAGACGGCCCUCAUGUUCGAGCGCAUCAUCGUGACGGAGCAGGCCAACGAAAAGCUGCUGGUCAAGCUGGAGGGCCUGAAGCAGCAUGCCGCCUGCAGGCUGGAUCUGCAGAGCCUGGUGGAGACCUUGGAGGACCAGCAGCUGAAGGAGAACAUGGAGGUGAUCCGUAACCUGCAGCAGGUCAUCAUGCAGCUUGAGGAUGAAAGUGUCGGAAUAGCAGCCUCGAUUGAAGCCAUGGCCUCCCAAGAAGACGACCACGAAAAUAGCCCAGCUGGAGAUGCGGCGGUGGGGAGUCUUGUGGAAGAGUCCUCCAUGCUGCCGUCUGGCGCGGCUGUGGAUAAAUCUUCAGCCGAAGCAUUCACCACCCAGCACGCUCUGCGCCAGGCUCAGAUGUCCAAGGAGCUCAUCGAGCUCAACAAAGUUCUGGCCCUGAAGGAGGCCUUCGUCAAGAAGAUGUGUCAGAACGACAGCCACCUGGAGCCCAUGCAGUCGGAGCAUCAGGAGAACAUGAAGAGCCUGCAGGCAUCUGUCGAGUCCUUGCAGAAGGAGAAAGAGGACCUCAUCUUGGCUCUCCACUCUGCAAAGAAGGACACCAACCAAGCCAAGCUCAGCGAGCAGCGCCGGAAGAGGCUCCAGGAGCUGGAGGGGCAGAUCUCUGAACUGAAGAAGAAGCUGAUGGAGCAAGCCAAGCUGCUGAAGCUGAAGGAAUCGUCAGUACGCAAUGUGGCCAAGCUCAACCAGGAGAUCCAGGCCAUGAAGUCGCAGCGCGUGCAGCUGAUGCGGCAGAUGAAAGAGGACUCGGAGAAAUUCCGUCAGUGGAAACACAAGAAGGACAAGGAGGUGCUGCAGCUCAAGGAGAAGGACCGCAAGCGGCAGUAUGAGAUGCUGAAGUUGGAGAGAGACUUCCAGAAGCAGGCCAACGUCCUGAGGCGAAAAACGGAAGAGGCUGCGGCCGCAAACAAGCGCCUGAAGGACGCCCUUCUGAAGAGGAGCGAGGCGGCGGAGAAGCGCAAGGAUACACAGAACCGUGGGAUGGAGGGCGCGGCCGGGAGGGUGAAGAGCUGGCUGACAAACGAGGUAGAGCUGCUCGUGAGCACAGAGGAGGCGCGCCGGCACCUCCACGACCUGCUGGAGGACCGCAAGAUCCUGGCCGAGGAGAUCUCACAGCUCAAGCAGAAGCUGGAGGCGGGGGAGCGUCCGACCGCCAAGGUCCGGCGCCGGACCUUCACCAUCGCCGAGCUGGAGAGCCAGGGUGAGCUGGAAGCUUCUCUGGGGAAGCAGGUGGAGAACCUGGAGACGGAGAUGGGCCUCAGGAGCGCCCAGAUCGCAGACCUGCAGCAGAAGGUCCUGGAUGCCGACAAUGAGGGCAGAGUGAAGCAGCGCUGGGACAGCAUCACCAGCCUGCCUGAGGCAAAGUGCGCCCUCAAGUUCCUCAUGUCCGAGCUUGUGUCCGCCAAGGUGGGCGACGCCAAACUGGCGAGUGACCUGAAGCAGGAGAAGGCCAGCUACUCGGACCUGCAGCGGACGCUGGCCGACGAGCGCAAGCUGAUGUCCGCCAUGGACAUGGAGCACCAGGCGCGGCUAGUGGAGCUGGAACAGCGCCACCAGGAGAAGGUCCUGUAUCUCCUCAGCCAGUUACAGAAUAAACCCAUGGUGCCUGAGGCAGCGGAGGAGGCGCAGGAGGAGAUGUCAAAACGAGAGCGCGAGCUCCUCCAGCGUCUGAAGUUCCAGGAAGACGAGAUCGAGAAGAUGAGGGAGCUCAGCGAGCAGAAUCAGAAGCUGAUGGAGGAGAAUGAGCAGUACAAGCAGAAAAUGGUGCUUUUGCAGGUGGCCAGUGGGAAGAAGAUGAACAGCCUGCUCACAGCAGCCCCGUCUCCAGACUCGUCCUUCGAGUACGUGCCCCCCAAGCCCAAAGGUCGUCGGUUCACGACCGCCAAAGCCCCUAGCCUCGCCUCCACCAUCUACGUCGAAGAGCUGGUGUCUCCGUCUGACUCCGAACAGGACGAGGACGAAUGGGUCCCGGAGAACACCGACAGGGCUCGGAGGAAUUCUCGAAAGAAGUCUAAAGUGAUUGGAUGUGCCUGCAAGGGGCGCUGUGGCAACAAGCUGUGCCGCUGCCGCAAAGGGAAGAUGGCCUGCGGCGAGAACUGCCAGUGUGACCACGAUAAGUGCCGCAACAUGGAAAUGGCAUCUCCCAUCGUGGAAUCGAGUGAGAUGGAAGACGGAUCAAAAGACUCCAUUCUCACCCCUCAAGACCCCACUGCUGUGAGCCCUGGAGACUCAACCUUCUUCAAGCCCCCCUGUGUCACCCCCACCAUGAAGGUGCUGAAGGAGAUCGGGGACAUGAGCCAGGUCUCCGUGGACCUCAAGCUGGAGAGGAAGCCAGCCGUGCUGGACGAGGAUGACGAGGAGCGCUGCACCACCAGCCUGCUGAAGAAGAAGAAGCGUGCCCUCACCAGCAGCCAGAACAGCUUCUUCUCGGGGUGCACGCCGAUCCGGGAGGAGGCCUGAGGGCAGCCGCCAUGAACAUUCCAUCCUCCUCAUCUUUACGUGUUGGCCCAAUGUCUUUAUUUGUGUUUUAAUGUCUGUGACGUCAGAAUAAACUAAUGGCAAUAGAUGUUUUCCUCUCGUUUUUGAAGAUAAGUGGAGCCUGCAGUUGCACUAACCAGUAUGUGAUAUCGUGAAUAAUUUUUACGUGGUUUAGUCAUUAUGGAAUCCAGUCAAAUGUGUGUUGUCUAACAAAAUAGUACCUUUUUUCCACUUGAAAUGUACAUAGACCAUGUUGUGUAAAUACUAUUCUUAAUGAAUCACAGUAAAACUUUCUCCUAGACAUGUGUACAUGCAUGUUCACAUUUUGAAAUUAAUAAAAGAUCUUUUUUAUUCUUGCUCGUACAAUUUA